AUGGUUAGAGGAUCGAAGCUGGUCACGAGGUAUUUAGAUAUAUUCAAUGAGGGUUUCAAACCUCCCGUCGUUCCUGCUUUACUUCUAGGAAAUGAUUACUGCCAGGUCAUCGCGAUGGAACAGGGAAUUAGUCUUAGCGACUUCCUUUUUCUCAAUCCGGCGUUGAACAAAAACUGCAGCAAUCUAUACUUGAAUCAUGGCUAUUGGACAUCUACUCCGUGGGAUGGCCUUCCAAGUGCCACGGGUCUAGCAUCGAGGACUUCAAUUGCUACUCUCUCAGCCCCAGGUCCAACCCAAACUGGUAUCCCUUGUACUUGCGAUGAUUACAUGUUGCAAGCUGAUGGUAUGUACUGCUACGAUAUGGCUGUGGAAGCAAGCAUCAUGUUGAACUAA